AUGCUGUCUCCGAGGCUGUCUGCACCCUCUGCCUCUUUACUGCGCUUCCUACGAUCACAGUCUGGGUUCCCAGCAGCACCAUCAGCAUGCGCUUCUCCGAAGCGUCUUGCCAGCCGCGAUAAAGGCUUCUCGACAGGGCCCUCCCCGAAACUCUCGAACUGGACGCGUACCGAUGCUCAACAUGGCUCUGCGACACUUAGUACAACUAGAGCAACAUUCUCGUCGCCAUUAGUGCCGACGCAGCUGAAACUCUCGCGUCAUGCGUCAACCAAAAGCCGACCCUUUCUCCGACGGCUUUUUGAUCUCAAGCGGAAUAAAGCUACCGACUACAAGAAUCAAGGUCCGGCUAGCCCUGGGCUUAUGGAUGAAGGUACGGAGGGAAUGUUUAAUAUUGGCCGCAGCCUAUCAGCCAAGGCGUCAAAUGAGCUUCGGAUUCGAUGCACGGAGUUUGAUAUCAAUGGAGACGUCACCCUCGUGAACGGAGAGUUCCGGAAGCAGGAGCUGAUUGCCAAGUAUGGCCUUCUUCCUCGAGAUCUACGCAAGAUUGAUUCGUCGACUCUCCCUCAUAUCCUGGUGCGACCUAGGGCAAUUCUUAUCAAUCUGUUGCAUCUGCGAGUCCUCAUUAAAGCGGACCGGGUCCUCGUGUUCGAUGCUUAUGGAUCAACAGACUCAUACAUGCAAUCGCUGUUCAUCUACGAUCUAGAAGGAAAGCUCCGCCAGAGACAAUCCCAGGGUGCCGCUCAGCCUAGUCAAUCGCUGCCGUACGAGUUUCGCGCGCUGGAAGCCGUUCUCAUUAGCGUCACGAGUGGUCUGGAGGAGGAGUUUAAUGGAGUGAGAGAUCCCGUUGUGCGCGUUCUUCGUGCACUCGAGGAGGACAUCGACCGAGAUAAGCUCCGACACCUCUUGAUCUACUCCAAGAAGCUGGGUACAUUCGAGCAGAAAGCUCGCUUGGUACGGGAUGCUAUUGAUGACCUGCUGGAAGCCGAUGACGAUCUGGCAGCAAUGUACUUGUCUGAGAGAUCGAACGGCAAAGAGCGAGAAGAGGAUGACCACCAAGAAGUGGAAAUGCUUCUGGAGUCAUACCACAAAGUGUGCGACGAGAUUGUUCAGGCCAGUGGCAAUUUGGUGACGAACAUCCGCAAUACGGAAGAAGUAGUCAAGGCUAUUCUCGACGCCAACCGCAACUCGCUUAUGCUCAUGGAUCUCAAAUUCAGCAUUGGAACACUCGGCCUCGCAACAGGAACAUUAUUCUCCGCUCUCUACGGCAUGAACUUGAAGAAUUUCAUUGAAGAAUCAGACUUCGGUUUUGGAGGUGUCUCCACGAUCUGCUUUGCUCUCACUGGUCUCGUCUGCGUCUACGGUCUCUCGAAACUGCGCAAGCUUCAACGAGUCCGCAUGUGGGGUGAAUCCGGCGUGGGAGGCUCCACCUUCGCUCCUCUCUCCCCAAAGCGCAGCGCACUUGGCGGAAAUCGCAAUAACUGGCGCGCCGAUUCUAUCGAACCAGUCUGGGGCAGUCUCCCAGGGGAAGGCCGAUCUGAGCGCCUAAGACGUCUCAGAGAGAAUGCGGCUGCGGCUGCGGCUCAAGCUGCAUCGAGAAACUUAAAAUCGACACCUACCACCCAGGCUGCUAUGCAGGCAUCAGCUACGGCUUCUAACAACGCUCGUGCGGAAAGCGGCAACGGUGAUGGAAAAGAGACCGUUUGCCCCGAAGGUCAUAUCAAGCCUGAGGCGUGA